AUGAGGACCGAAAUGCCUAAGACGUUGCUGUUUCUGGUCGUCGGCUUGCUUGUAAAGGUGCUGGGAUUACCCAGUGGAGCACCGCCGCAGACAUGCUACGAUCUGACGCCACGUCAUCCCGGCAGCCCUGGGAUGCAAUCGUCGUAUCCACCUUAUCAGGUACUACCCGCAGCAGGUCAAAACAGGGUCCGUCUGAUCCUUGGAAGUCCCGAAGGCCUCGCAUACGAGGGCUUUAUGAUACUUGCCAGGGACAUCGACAACGGCGAAUACGUGGGAGAAUUCGUAAACUUGCCCGAUUCUGCGAAAAUCGUGGAGUGCAUCCGAGGCGUAAAGAAUGCCGUGACUCAUAUAAACACCAAUAAAAAGCAUAAUCUUGAAUUCGAUUGGGAGGCUCCGGUCGAUUACGAAGGUACCAUUAUCUUCAACUCCACCUUCGCUCAGGAUUACAGCACGUACUGGGUCGGCGUGGAGUCGCCCAGAGUCAUUGUUGACAAGCGGUCCAUCAGGGUAUCGACCCCGCCUACACCCAUUACCACCUUCAGGACCACCACGCCACCCUACUACAGCACCGUCAGUUAUGCGGCGAAGGAUGAGAUGGACCCGUUCUACACGGGCUGCCACACCACGAAGAACUGCUUCGGCGAGCCCGCGGGCUGCAUAAAAACCAGGAACUGCGUAGCCGCGGUGGCGGUGAUCGUGCAGGGCGACGAAUAUCAUUUCGAGAUGCAGGCGCGGAAGGGUGCCAAAUACGUCGCCGUCGGCCUGUCGGACGAUAAGAAUAUGGGUGAGGACAGCGUGGUCGAGUGCACGAACGAGGGCAACGGAAUUGCGUUACACACGUCUUGGAACACCGGGAGACGCAAUACGCGCUACACGAUGCCGGAAGGCGCGUUCGAGCUGGAGGACCGCGCGAUCAAAGAUGACAUGAUAUACUGCAAGUUUCGACGGGACAAGCUCACCUACGUUCAGGGGCGUAAAUACGACCUUGUCAACACUCCGUACCAUCUCCUCUUGGCCGCCGGCACGGAUCUAAGAUCAAACGGCGUUGACUUCCACACUCUCGUCUAUGCUGGGACCGGCACCUCAAAGAGAUUGUCUGACGUCGGGGAAUGGACCGCAGCCACUGACCUACUGAUUCGCCUUCACGGCGCGCUAAUGCUGGCAUCGUGGAUCGGCACAGCCUCCAUCGGGAUGCUACUCGCGAGAUAUUAUAGACAGACCUGGGUCAGCUCCCAGUUGUGUGGGAAGGAUCAUUGGUUCGCUUGGCACAGAUUCUUUAUGGUGCUCACGUGGUCGAUGACGCUCGCAGCCUUCGUGAUAAUAUUCGUGGAAUUGGGCACGUGGAGUUCCGAGACGAUACACGCUUCGGUCGGCCUGGCGACCACGAUUUUGUGUUUUAUCCAACCUUUCAUGGCAGCUAUGAGACCACAUCCUGGCGCACCACGAAGAGCUCUGUUCAAUUGGGCUCACUGGUUCGUCGGUAACGUGGCAAAAAUUUGCGCUUUAAUCGCGCUUUUCUUUGCGGUACGGCUGAAUAAGGCUAAACUUCCGGAUUGGGUCGACUGGAUCCUCACAGCAUUUGUGGUCUUCCACGUUCUAACUCACCUCAUUCUCACAUUCCUCGGAUGUGCCUCUGACAGGCAAGCUAGUCAGAGAGUGAAUUCAUUCCCGAUGAAAGACAUGCAUUCUCGUGGAUCAAUGAUGCAUCCAGAUGCGAGACGAGACGCUCCCCACUCUGGCAUGCGGAAGUUCAUUUUCGGUGUGUACUUUGUGGUUAUCGUCGUGUUCGCCGCAGUCCUCAUAGUGAUCACCGUGUUGGCACCCAUCGAGGAAACGUGGGCCACCUUCACCAACACUAUCUCGAAUUACUAAGGCCGCUGCUAAUCGACGCCACGGAAAUAUUCGUCACCACCGCGAUACUCGCGCGGAUCCGACCGGAUAGGAGAGACGUCGCGGUGACAAUAUAUUCCCGGCGCGACCUUCCGUAUGCAAAUUAACACGAGGAACGUAUAAAUCCUCCUGUUCGUGUAAAGAUGCAAAUCGCGCCGUGUAUGCAACGGGCGAAGACGAGGAUGUCGGUCGACGAUCAUUUUUAUACCCCCUUUUUUCUAGAUUUCUCUAGAAUUCUAGAAGAAUCGUCCAUUUUGAUUACAUAUCGAUAUAUCAUAACUGAAAUACGUUUUUGUAUAUAUAACAUUUUUAAUUUACUUAAAAAAGACAUUAACACACUUACAUUACAUUCAUUAUAUGCUUCAUUAUUAUUAUACCAAUAUUCUGCGAUUGCAUAUAGUUUCUAUUAUUUUAUUGUUGAUAAAUCUGAUUCCUUGACAUUUUAGUAGAAAACUGUCAUUAAUCCAGAUUUUAACCUGGUUAGAGUGAAAAUUGCAUAUUUUCGGAUAAUCUUAUCGUAUAAAGAUAUUUUUAAAGAGAAAUAAAAAAAUACAUCAC